UUUCUUUAGGAUGCAUUUAAUGCAAUCAAUUGUCUUUACAAUGGCACGAAAGAAUGGAAAAUGAUUGAAUAUAAAUACGAGAAGAUGAUAUAUAAAGCGUGGGAGCCUGAGUACGAGAUUGGUGGAUAUUCAUUGAUUGAAGUUGAUUCCGUAGAUCUUAUUAAAUAUCCCAAAGUCAAGGAUGUUCCUUGGUCCUUCGUUACUGUGAAUGCUGGCGAUUGUUUAUUUGUACCUAAAAGUAAGUUCUUCAUAAAAUUAUCAGGACGUCCUGGUCACAACGAGCAGGAGAUUUAGUCAGGAAUAUUUAUCAUUAAUUUUUAUAGACCCGGAGCGAGGGGGAUUCGGCGUAAUAUUUCUCGAAGUGAUGAUAUUUUCCGAGGGGCUUUGCCCCGAGGAAAAUAUCAUCACUGAGGGAAAUAUCGCCGAAUCACCCGAGCGGAGGGUCUAUAAAUUAUAUAUUAUACCGAAAGUUAAAGAACUCACUAAGAGUCUAAAUUCAGAAUAAACUUUAAAACUUGCUGAAUAUUAACUACGCGAAUACAAUUUUUAAUUUCUUAUGUAUACCUGAGUUUUUGACGUUUCCUCUUUAAAAUAUUUGAUCAUGUAUCCUUUGGAUCAUUAAAGGUAACAUACGUCUUGAGAAUCUUUGGUUAAAUCAAAUCUUCUGUACGAAAUUACAGACAACAGCUGGCGAACGCCAUAUUGUUUCAGAGCGUGGUGUCCACGCGUGAGCGUGGGAUACUAUAAUAUCCCACGGUGGAUCUGCCGUGGGAUAUUAUAGUAUUUCACGCUGCAUUGCGAAAUCAUGAAUUUGAGUGAAAUACCAUAAAAAUCACAUCACGUGGUACAAAUUUAAUGCUGUUUUUUCUUUGGACAAUUUGAAUUUGAGGUAUAAUAUAAUUAGCUCAUUUCCUGCUAGUAGAGAAAAAUAUAAUAGCGGCUCAAACUGAAUUUCCGACGUUUGGGGAACGAGAAAACGGCAAGUUGUUCGCUUUUUAUAGCAUUUACAAAGAUAAAAAAAAAAACAUGAAAAACUCCCACAAAUUGUUUACAGGUUAGAAAAUCAAUUUUUAUAAUUUAGAAUGGUUACAAAGGUUUAAAAUGGCCGAAAGAGCGAAGAUGAAAACAUAUUACAAAAUAGAAAAAUAUUGAAAAUAUCCGAGAAGCAAAGUCUGCGAAUGCAGACCUUGCAUGUGUAUAUAAUAAAACAGUUAUUCCACUCACUUUCGUCGAAUAUGAGCGAUAGCAUCAUCGGCGCUACGCGCCUCAUCGGCUAUCAGCCCAUAUUCGACUCAUAUUCGACCCAUAUUCGACGAAGGCGUUACGUGAAUCUGAAAGGAAGUAUGUACAGAAUGAAAUUCAUAAAAACUUAAACUGAAGUUCUAUGUGGAAAGUCAGCCUAGACCUAAGCCUUCUAGUCUUAUUUAUAUUUUUUUAAUAUUCAGCGCUUUUUCACAUGAAAAGACUGGGACUAGGUGAUUUGGGGGCGGGGCGGAGGAAGCAACCCUAGAAGGCCUAGUAGAUUUCCCAACAACAAGGCCAAAACUGCCCUGAAACUGCCCUGGUUGCGAAAUGCCCAAUUGUUGCGUUCUCAAACAGAAUUAUUUGCAACUUAACGGCGAAUUUAGACCGAUACAGGUAAAAUAAACUCAUUUAUAGUAUAAACUUACUAUUUUUAUUUGUAUGCACGUCUAGAAAAUCGGGUUUUUUAUCAUAAAGUUCGAAGCAACACUAUUAUUUAAUAUGUUGACAAGGUGUAGCCAAAGCACAAAAUGAGUCAUAUACACAACUACAUUAAUAUAUAUUCUCUCACAACUACAUUAAUAUAUAUUCUCUCACAACUACAUUAAUAUAAUUAUAUUCUCUCACAACUACAUUAAUAUAUAUUUUAGCAAGAAGCAGUCUUGUGUUUGUAAAAUAUACAAACACAUAUACAAUCAUAAUUUAUUAAAUAAAACGGAUACAUAUAUUAUUAGCCCGUACAGUACUGUAUAUAAAAACGUACAUUGUUUACAAAUGGUAUAUCCGUAAUAUUUGAACAAUAAUUUCAAAAUCCUCAUUCCCAAUUCGCAAAUAUAGUUAUUCAAAGCAAAACAGUAGAUUGUCUUGCGAAUAAAAGAAUUAUUAUUUUGUGCUUUCGCUUCACCUUGUCAACAUAAUAGUGUUGCUUCAAACUUUAUGAUAAAAAACCCCGAUUUUCUAGACGUGUAUACAACUAAAAAUAGUAAGUUUAUACUAUAAAUGAGUUUAUUUUACCUGUAUCGGUUUAAUUUCGCUAUUAAGUUGCAAAUAAUUCUGUUUGAGAACGCAACAAUUGGGCAUUUCGCAAUCAGGGCAGUUUCAGGGCAGUUUUGGCCUUGUUGUUGGGAAAUCCACUAGGCCUUCUACAGGGUGUAUAAAAAAAACGCAACCUCGGAAUUUCCUAAGAAAUCACUUUGCAAUUCUUAAGCAUAAAAGAUUUUAGGCCCCUGGGAAUUGAAAUCGAAUUGCUAAUAGAUCAUAUUACUGUUGUUGUGCAUUAAAUAAAUGCAUAAAUUUUGCUUUAUGCACUAGCGUGUGCAGUAAUUUUGACAGUUGUGCUAUUUUAAAUACCCAGGCGCCUGAAAUCAUUUGUCUUUAAAACAAUGUCGAUUUCUUGGGAAAUUCCGAGGUUGCGUUUUUUUUUAUACACCUUGUAUUUUUUCGCUUGCGUCAGGCUUGUGUCCUUCCUCCGCCCCGCCCCCAAAUCACCUAGUCCCAGUCUUUUCAUAUGAAAAAGCGCUGAAUAUUAAAAAAUAUAAAUAAAAAUAGAAGGCCUAGGUCUAGGCUGGUGGAAAGUUAUAAGGAACUGCCUACUCCGUAAAUAGUCAACGGAACUUAAGCAUUCAAGAAAUAUCACGGAACUAGUGGAGGAGUUCAAUUCCUUUUUCACGACAGUGGAAUUAAAGCAUCAGAGUCUGCUACUGCACUUUUAACUAAAUAUAAUCUACCAACCAUAGACUUACCAGUACCUGCCCAAAUUCCUGUGUCAGAUCAAUUUCAGUUCCAUACGGUUUCAUGUAGUGAUGUACAGCAGAUCACCAUGUCUUUUUCCUCAAAUAAGGCACCGGGAUUAGAUAAAGUCCCAAUGAGUAUUAUCAAAGAUGCCUUAUCAUGUAUCCUCCCUGCGUUAACAGAUAUUGUUAAUUGUUCAUUGCUUACGUCCGAAUAUCCAACAUUAUGGAAGAUGGCAGAAGUUGUUCCCCCUCUUAAAAGAUGGGGAUCAUGAGAUCGCAGACAAUAAUCGUCCUGUGCCUUUGCUAAUUGCAGUAUCAAAGAUCUGUGAACGAGUUGUAUUGAAUCAAUUGACUGACUAUAUGUCACAAAGGAAAAGAUAUACUGAACACCAAAGUGGCAAUGGAAAAUUACAUUCUACAGAAACAUUAAACAUUUUUAUAACAGAUCAAAUCUUGCCGUCUAUGGAUCGUAAAGAAGUUACGGCCUUAUUUUUAAUAGACUUAUCCAAAGCAUUUGAUAGCUUAGAUCAUUCAAUUCUACUAGUGAAACUUCAAACCAUUGGUGUGUCUAAAUCAGUGUUGGCAUGGUUUAAAAGUUAUCUAUCGGGACGAAGCCAAAUAGUACGUAUUGGGUCGACAUUGUCGGAAACAUGUAUUAUAACUCGGGGGUACCUCAAGGAUCUAUUCUUGGGCCGGCAUUAUUUAACAUACAGAUCAAUGACCUACCCAAUGUUCCAAAAGAGUCCUCUUUGGAAUCUUAUGUGGAUGAUUCGAAAAUCUAUCUGGCAUUUCCAAUUCAGGAUAUUGAAACUGCUGCGUUUAAACUUACACAAGAUAUGGAAAGAAUUACCGCAUGGUACUGUAUAAAUAGUCUGCUAGUGAAUCCAAAGAAAACGAAACUUCUAUUACUGGGUACAAGUCAAAUGCUGAAAAAACUCUCUGGCACAGAUUUCCAUAUAACUGUUCUUGGUGAGAAAAUAAUCCCACUUCAGACGGUUAAAGAUUUGGGAAUGACUUUGGAUUCAAGUUUGACUUACGACAAACAUAUUGUCGAUACCGUCUCAAAAUGUAUCUCUGAAUUAUGCCAAAUCAACAGAGUUAAGCAUAUUUUCGAGAAACACACUUUAUCCCUUAUUAUAAAUGCACUGGUCUUCAGUAAAAUAUAUUAUUGUUCCUCCGUUUGGUCGAACACCUCGAAACAGAAUAUAUCAAAACACCAAAGCGUGCAGAACUUCGCGGCACGCGUUAUUACUGGAAUCAGAAAAUAUGACCAUGUGACGCCUAUCCUUCAGCAGUUAGCUUGGCUUCCAGUUGAGUGUAUGUUAACCGGGAUGCGGAACCUUAUGACAUUUAAGUGCAUGAAAGGGUUAGCUCCGCCAUACUUGUGUGACAAAUUCGAAAUGAGAUUAAAGAUCCACAGUGUUAACACCAGAAAUAUAAGGAUAAGUUAGACAUUCCACUGUAUAAUUCGGCUUCUGGACAGCGAACGUUUCAUUAUCGCGCAGUGUUUAUUUGGAAUGAGCUCCCAAAUCAUAUUAAAGACAUUGACACUUUGGACCGGUUUAAAAUAAAAUAUAAACGUCAUUUAUUGCAUAGAUUUUUAGAAAGUAGUUAAUAUUUUUAGACAAUUUGGACUUGUUUAAAUUAGCAUAUAAACGUUUUUACUGUAUGGAUUUUAUUAGGAAGUAGUUAAUCAUUUUUAAAGUGACAUUACUAAUAAUUAUAAAAUUUUUAAUUUGUGUUUGUUUGUAUGUAUGUAUGUACGUAUGUUUGUGGGUGUAUAUAUAUAUUGUUUGUAGUAUAUAAAUGAUUUGUAAUUACCUGCUGAAAAGCCCUUUUGGGAGCAGACAAUAUUGUAAUAAUAAUAAUAAUAAAAAAAACUCGAUUUCGUAGAAUAACUGUUAAAUAACAAAGCAGAAAAACUUUGUCGAUGGACGGUUCGAAUUCGCUGUGUUUGCAACGAAUUCGAACCGUCCACCGACAAAGUAAGUUAGAACUAUAAUUGUCUGGAACAUUUUCAUGCAUAUUAUUAAUACGUUAUAUAGGAUGGUUUCUCGUGAUAUUUGGAUAAAACAAGACUUCAAAGACCUCAAAUAGCACUCCGCCUUCGGAGCCGUGCUAUUUUACCUAUCUAAAUUCUCUUUGAGAAACUGACUGGUGCAUGUUUUAUCCAAAUUGCACUCGAAACCAUGCUAUUACCUAUACUAACCAUGGGGAAAAUUUAACCUGAGUCCGUUCUCCUCUGGAUAAUAGCGAGUUUAGUAGUCAAGCGAUGUUUCUAUCAACAUGGACGUCAUGCAGAUGGCCGAGUGCGGACUGAAUUUGUGUCAGUUUGUGAUAGUCUUCAAAACAUCUGACGAAAUGCAAGAUUUUUAAGCGCUAUGACGCAAAAUGCCGCCAAAAUUAGUUAUGCUGUAACACUCAAUUAUUGUGUAGACAAGAUUGUCACUUGGAUAAGGUCUGUAUUGAGUACAUGCUCCUAUAGAUAGACCUGACCCUAUUUAUUUCUUUAUUUCUUUAGCUUUGCCAACUAGGGCAGGGUCUCCACAACAGCAUAUGCCAAUUACUGUGGGCCCUUUUUUACCUAACCCACCCUGUCAACUUUCCUUGUGGGAGGAAACCGGAGUACCCGGGGAAAACCCACGGCUUUCGGCAGAGCGUUGACUUUUACUCUUUUCACAUGGGGACUGGGUUCGAGUCGCACUGAGAAGGUACUUAGUGAGACUCGAACCUGCAGCCUCAGAGGUGAAAGGCAAGUGCGCUAACCACUUGGCCACCCUAUAGAUCGCUAUGUACAGUAACAAUUAGAUUACGAGCUCGGGAUUUCUAUGAGGUGAUCAACUAUCACCUCGUAUAAAUCGAGAGAGAGUAAUCUAAUUGUUGUAGUAGAAUCAGAGAUCAAACAUAUUCCAUAAACUAAUUCAGUAAAUUGAUAAGGAUGCCGUUUUUUAAAUGCGCCAGAGAAAUGAUUAUUUUGCUACUCACUAUAUAUGUAUCGAGGAAUAGAUUAGCUAAUCAAAUUACAGCAUUUGCAAUAGUACACCAGUAUGAUUCCACUAAAUAUCUUUAGGUCAUUAUCAUCAAGUCAAUUCAUAUGGCAGUAAUAAUAUUGCCGUGGCAAUCCUGUUUUCUCGUCUGGAUAAACUUGAUGAGUACGAUAACACUGGAUGUGAGACAUUGUCGUAUGUUCCUUUAUCUCAACUUGAUGUUGACUGGAAAUAUCCUGGAUAUGGCAAAAUGAGCAUGGGGAAUACCCACUUAGAAAAUGCAAGGUAAAAAAUGCCCUUUUUAAAACAGUGCUCCAAUACAGCUACAGAUUGUAAAUUCAAGAUAUGAAUUUAGAACCUGAUUUGAGUAAAUAUAAGGUGUCUCCCUACAUUUUUAAAAAUGUGGACAAUGCGUAUAAAUUAGAUAAUCUCUUUGAAGAGAUGUUGCUUGCUAGAAAUCAGAAAUUGUUCAGCAUAUACAGGGUGUGUAUAAAAAGUAGACAAUUUUGAAACUGCUCUCAAUUUCACAAAUCCGUUAAUUUCAUGAUAUUUUUUUAUCAAUAUAGAUUGUUUGGGUACUUAAAAAAAAGUAAAAUAACGAUAUGCAAAUUAGGUAAACGCAUGAAUUAGCAUGCGUGAUGGGCAUUGGUGUCCAAAAAUGUAAGUUUGAGCAGCUAUUUAAAAAUAUUUCAGACUUUUCAGUGAUUUUUCAAAACCUAGCCACGAUGUAAAAUACCCUUUAAUUGAUGAGUUCACAGCAACCAGGUAUAUCAGUCAUGUUCUCGUUCACUACUCUGGUUUUAAUAAAUGAAUGCAAAACUCGAAUUGCAUUCACGACCUAACGUUUCGACACUCCAAUCUAUAUAGUGUCUUCAUCAGAAGUGAUCUGAUGUCGCAACGUGGCUUCUUACAAACCAAUGGGAUGACGUCAUCUACGAUCAUGGUAGAUAUAUUCUUGUGGCAAAUGCACCGUUAUUUCUGUUCAAAUCAGUGAUUACUCAUAUUUUUUGCCACGCUUCCGGGCAAUGUCUUUGCCCUUGGGCAUUGCUAGGUGGUAAUCACUCCAGCGUUUUCCCACGCAAUCACGUGUUUGGUGUCACACACAUUUGGCACAAGAACAUAUCCAUCUUGUUGACAGAUGACGCCAUCUUUGCGACUUCAGAUCACCCCUGAUGUCAAAACGUUCGGUCGUGAAUGCAAUUGAACUUUGCAUUCAUUUAUUAAAACCAGCGAAAACAUGACUGUUAGAAACUCUUUCUAAACUGUUUAGAGAAAUAUUGAAAGAAGCUGUACAAAGAGGGGAGUUAACUUUGGAAUCUAUUCCUAUUUUCCUUAAGGUAUG